CUCGCUUAGCAGCCUGCAAGCCGAGAGGCUCGCCUGGUCCGGCGGAGAGGGGACUGGACGGAAGAUGCUGGGGCUGUCGCUGGUGCUGGGCUUCAGCACCGCUUUGCUCGCCUACUACUGGGCUCGCGUCCCCAAGCGUCCCCUGCUGGUGGCUCGUCAGCCAUUCCGCUCCUUCCUGGAGAAGUAUUGUCCUAUUGUGAAUGAGACGUUCUACCCUACACCAUGGUGCUUCGAGGGCCGGCUCCAGACCAUUGUCCGUGUCUUCCUCAAAUCCAGCCCAUCUGUCUCCUACCGCAGUGAGGUACUACGAACUAGAGAUGGAGGGCAACUGUUGCUGGAUUGGGCCGACAAUGAAGUUGGGAGCACAGGCUGCCAGGACCCAGAGAGCUGCCCCAUUGUCUUAUUCCUGCCUGGAUUGACAGGAAACAGUCAGGAGGCCUACAUUCUGCAUAUGGUGCGCAGUGCCCGGCAACAGGGCUACAGGGCAGUCGUGUUUAAUAACAGAGGUUGCAAAGGAGAAGAAUUGCUGACCUACAGGGCUUUCUGUGCCAACAACACUGAAGAUCUGGAGCUGGUGAUUGCCCACAUCAAGAGCCAGUUCCCUCAGGCACCACUGAUGGCAGUUGGCGUUUCACUGGGCGGGAUUCUAGUGCUCAACUACUUGGGGCGGAAAGGCCGCAAGGCUGAGCUGGUGGCUGCCAUGACCUGCUCUGUGAGCUGGGAUUCCUUUGAGACCACCCACUCGCUGGAGACGCCUCUCAACCUGGUGCUUUUCAACCAGCGACUCACAGCCAACUUGCGGCAGCUCAUCCAACGGCACAGGAAGGUUGUUGCCGAGAAACUGGACGUGGAUCAUGUGCUGAAGGCUCGUAGCAUUCGGGAGUUCGAUGAACGCUACACAGCUGUGGCCUUUGGUUACAAUUCAUGCGAGGAAUAUUACCAAGCAGCCAGCCCCCGUCACAAGGUGCACCGCUUCCAUGUGCCAGUGCUGUGCCUUAAUGCCUCCGAUGACCCCUUCUCCCCUCAGCAUGCUAUUCCCCUAGAUGCAGCUCAGUGUGUGCCUGCAUUGGCCUUGCUGGUGACAUCCCAUGGUGGUCACAUUGGCUUCCUGGAGGGCCUCUUUCCACGUCAUGAGAGUUACAUGGACCGUGUCUUUGCCCAGUUUAUGGGCGCCGUCUUUGAGCAUUGGGACGAACUAGAGGCUGCAACGGCAGCCGAGGGAAGCAAGGAACUUGAACCGGGCCAGAUUACUCAGCUGCUGAACGGAUGAGAUGUAACUACAGAUGGGGCCAAGAGUUUCUUGGCCUUAAUCCUACAAGCUCUCACAGGUGGAGGGCCUGCAUUUACCUUCCCUUUGAGGGAGGGAGGUGGUCAGCCGGCAGCCAAGACAGGUGCCACCAAACCCAUCUGUCCUUGUUUCUUAGUAUGAUUUCUGUCCUAUAUGAAAGGCUGUGCCCUGAAGGGAUGUCUGAAGGUGUCCUCACCACCAUCAGCUGCUGAAACCAGAGACUUCCUGUAUUUGGGGAGCAAGCAGUGGAAUGCAGAGCCAAAUACAGAGCUAUUUUUUCAG